CGCGAGGUUCCCGGCAGUGCGGCCCCGGCGCGGAGCUGGGAGCCUCGGCCAGCGCCCGGCGCCGCGCCCCCGACCCGCAGCCAUGGUGCCCGGGGCGCCCGGCGCGGCCCUGAGCCUCUGCCUCUCUGCCGGCCCCGGCGCGGCGGCCGCUCGGCGGCUGGACGAGUCCCUGUCGGCCGGGAGCGUCCAGCGCGCCCGCUGCGCCUCCAGGUGCCUGAGCUUGCAGAUCACGCGCAUCUCCGCCUUCUUCCAGCACUUCCAGAACAAUGGUUCCCUGGUUUGGUGCCAGAAUCACAAGCAAUGUUCUAAGUGUCUGGAGCCCUGCAAGGAGUCCUGGGACCUGCGGAAGCAGCAGUGCCAGAGCUUCUGUGAGCCUCUCUUCCCCAAGAAGAACUAUGAAUGCCUGACGAGCUGUGAGUUCCUCAAGUACAUCCUGUCAGUGAAGCAGGGCGACUGCCCAGCCCCGGAAAAAGCCAGUGGGUUUGCCGCCGCCUGUGUGGAAAGUUGUGAAGCUGACAACGAGUGCUCUGGGGUUAAGAAGUGUUGUUCGAACAGGUGUGGACAUACCUGUCAGGUGCCCAAGACGCUAUACAAAGGUGUCCCCCUGAAGCCCAGGAAGGAGUUGCGAUUUACAGAACUGCAGUCCGGACAGCUGGAGAUUAAGUGGUCCUCGAAAUUCAAUAUUUCCAUUGAGCCCGUGAUCUACGUGGUACAGAGAAGGUGGAAUUACGGGAUCCAUCCUAGCGAGGAUGAUGCCACACAGUGGCAGACGGUAGCCCAGACCACAGAUGAGCGGGUCCAGCUGACCGACAUACGACCCAGCAGGUGGUAUCAGUUCCGAGUGGCAGCUGUCAAUGUGCAUGGCACCCGAGGCUUCACGGCCCCCAGCAAACACUUCCGCUCCUCCAAAGAUCCAUCCGCACCCCCAGCUCCGGCCAACCUCCGACUUGCAAAUUCCACCGUAAACAGUGACAACACUGUGACCGUGGCUAUUGUUUGGGAUCUCCCUGAGGAACCAGACAUCCCCGUGCAUCACUACAAGGUGUUUUGGAGCUGGACGGUCAACAGCAAAUCCCUCGUCCCAACAAAAAAGAAGCGGAGAAAGACUACGGAUGGGUCCCAGAAUUCGGUGAUCCUGGACAGACUCCAGCCAGACUCCAGCUACACCGUAGAGCUGCAGGCCGUGGCGUACUGCGGGCAGACGCGCCUGAAGGGGGCCAAGGCCUCCCUGCACUUCACGCCGGCGCACGCCGCCAGCCACAAAGAGCACGUCGGAAAAUCCAGAAAGAGCCCGAUGCACAUACAGCCCCCUUUCCAGAGACGACGGCCCACUCGCCUCCUGGAAAUCGGAGCCCCCUUCUAUCAAGACAACCAACUGCAGGUGAAGGUCUACUGGAAAAAGACCGAAGAUCCCAGCGUCAGCCGCUACCACGUGCACUGGCUCCCGGAGGCCUGCGCCCAAAACCAGAGCUCCGCGCCAGGGACCGCUGCUGCCAUCACCCAGGAAAACUAUAUAAUUCUUCAAGAUCUAGCAUUUUCCUGCAAAUACAAGGUGACGGUCCAGCCGACAGGGCCCACGGGCCGCCUGAAGGCCGAGACGGGCUUCUUCACGAUGCUGCCCUGCUCUGCCCUGAAGGGGAAAAGCCCCAAGCCCGGGAGCUGCGCCGGCGACGCAGGUCCCCCGCCCAAGGUGCUCGCCAAGCCCGAGAACCUGUCCGCCUCGUUCGUGCUGCACGGGGCCAACGUCACGGCGCACUUCUCCUGGAGGAUGGCCCGCGGCGCGCAGCGGCCGCCCACCGGCUUCCAGGUGACCUGGGCCGAGGUGACCUCCGAGAGCAGGCACAACAGCCUGCCCAACAGCAUCAUCUCCCGCUCGCAGAUCCUGCCGUCGGACCAUAACGUCCUAACAGUGCCCAACCUGAGGCCGUCCACGCUGUACCGGCUGGAAGUGCAGGUGCUGACCGCGGGCGGCGAAGGGCCGGCCACCAUCAAAACCUUCUGGACGCCCGACCUCGCGCUGCCCUCAGAACACAGACCGCAUCUUAAGAACCGGCAUCCUCCUCACUACAAGCCUUCCCCAGAAAGAUACUAAACGGUUCAAAAAGAUGUCUGAGAAUGUACGAGCGAGCAAGCUGCUUGAGCCUCCAGGUCCAGCCGCGCUGCUCCGGAGGCAGCAGGUGCCCACGCACCCUCCCUCUCCCGUGUAACCUUGUACCCUCCGUACCUCUGCCCAUCUCGACGCAUGUGGAAACAGUCCCAGACGGCCCGUGGAGGUGGACGCACAUGUUCCCUGGAAUGGAGGAGACGAAGACGGGGCCCAUCUAGCUGGAAACCUGAAUGUCCGCGGAGGAGUCUCGGUGGAAUGAGUGCAGAGAUGAGAUCUCUCUGAAUUUGGAGCCGCAAAUUCUCAGAACGAAUCAGUGUGACAGAUACACAACUGAUACACAUACUAAGCAUAACGUUCAUCAAUAAAACAUUUUUAAAUUAAAAAAAAAAAAAAAAGAAAAGCAUUCUUUCCUAGACUAGUCCUUGCUAAAUUCAGAUGAGGUAUCUGAACUAUCCCAGGAACUUGAGACAUGCAUGCAAUCACUAAGUACUAGCUGCUCAGAGAGAUACUAGCCAGCAGCAAACAGCUUGCCUUGCUUAGAAAAUCUUGAGGGAUAUUUGCCCACUGAUAACUUA